AUGUCAUUGAGAAUGCAGGGUUCUGGAAGAGAGUGUUGGGAAAACUCCCGUAUGGAUAUGCGCGAUCCUUAUUCUCACGAACAACUCGUUCAAAGAUCCAUCGAACGAGACGCUGAACGCAUCUCCGAUAGGCACGAGCAUUCUCGUGAAGAGGGGAUGACCAACCCAGAGACCCAGUCGGUAUUGAACGACGCCGAGUUUGGACGCGUGGACCCCACAGGCUGGUUCCCGCACUAUAAGAAUUGUACUCAGCACUUCAUCGACUAUAGUCAGCACUCACCCCAAGUGCAGGCCAUUGCCGCGUUCAUUAAUAUUCGACUACCCUGCCAGCGACCUUCUGAAUCCAGUGCACCGGUGUCAACAUCGUCAUUUGUUUCACUGCGACCGUAUAUUAGACGGUUGAUUGUCACGGCGCAGGACUCGCCGGCUGUUAUGCAAGGCUUCUUCGGUGGAGACUGGGAAGCUGGUGUGGGCUGUAUCUACAAACAAGAACGGGUGAACUAUCUCUUCACGGCUAAGAGCAGCGGCUGGGCAUCUACAAAGGCUGCCUAUGACAUUUCUCCAGAUGAAGAGACUCCCUUCUUAAGGCCCCUCCGUGACCCCUCGGAGGAUGAGAUUCGAAUGGCCGAGGCACGGUGGAGUGAAUGGUUAGCAAUGGAGGAUUGGAUGGUCGGAGCGCGCAGUCCCUGGUAG